GUUACCACUCUAGCUAAGCUACCAACACGUGCAGUGGCAGUCGUCAAAAAUUCGAAAUUCACUUGUUUAUAAGUUACAAAAUUGUUCCUCAGAUCCUUUCCCUAAAAAACGUCCUUUAAAAAACACAAUGAAAAUGAAAGAAGAAGACCAAGAAGCCGAUGGUAGAACCAAAAUUCACAAUGUUCGCUUUUAUAAUUUAACUCCACGUCUGAUUGUUUGUAUGGCCUACAACAAAAUUAACAAGAAACUUGCACUUUCCAGAAAUGAUGGAACCAUUGAAAUAUGGGACAUGCAAUAUGCAUCAUUCCAGGAGAAGACCAUUGCCAGUGGAGAGGAUUCGUCUAUCGAGGGAAUGGCAUGGGCUGGAAAUCGCUUCUUCACCGUCGGCCUUACCGGUCAUCUCGUGGAAUGGGAUUUGGUGGCGCUGGCAAAGCGACAAUCUCAAAAUGCCACUGGCAACUCGAUCUGGUGUCUUGAUGUCAAUAUCGAAGGCACCCAAGUUGCCCUCGGCACCGAGGAGGGUUACAUAAACAUAUUCGACAUAAGCGACGACCAAAUGGCUUACAGUAAGCUCUUCGACAAGCAAGAGGGUCGAAUUCUGUGCUGCAAGUUUAACGCAGCCGGCGACCACCUUGUGACAGGCGGAAUUGACGCUAUUCGCAUUUGGGACGUGAAGAGCGGACAUGCCAUCCACAAGAUGUCCCUCACUAGGCCCAGCAGUGGCAAGGAAGUGAUUGUUUGGUCGCUUCAGGUCCUCCAGGACAUGACUAUCAUAUCUGGAGAUUCGCGUGGCAUCAUCACAGUGUGGGAUGGAAAGAGCGCGGCGUAUCUCGAGGAGCACACCGUUCUGAAGGCCGAUGUUCUGGCGGUGGCCGUGAACGAGGAAGAGAACAAGAUCAUCUGCUCGGGCAUCGAUCCCAUCAUACGGAUAUAUGCUUUAACAGAGAUAAAAAGGGAGGACGUGACCCUUAACAAGUGGGUUAAGUAUCGCCAGCGCAGUGUCCAUGACCACGACGUGAAGGCUCUGGUCUGUGUGGGAGACAAGAUCCUAUCUGGUGGCAUGGACGGAUAUCUUGGUGUUUCGUCGGUGACUCGAAGCAGUGCAGCCAUAGCAAAGCAUGGACCUUUCCUUCAAAGUCCAGUCGUUUGUAUUGCUCCCAGCAAGAGGCUUCUCCUCAUGCGCUACCCCAAUACAGUGGAGAUCUGGAAAUUAGGAGAAACAACUGGCAAGAGGGAGAUAAACUUAGACGUAAGUGAAGAACCGGGUGAAGAACGCAAACACUUGGGUCUCAAAACAGCUCCGCAGAAGCUUCUCGAGAUGAGAAGUAAACAUGGCCACCCCAUCACCUGCAGUGCCCUCUCGCCCGAUGGCAACUGGUUGGUGUACUCCACAAUGACUGAAAUUCGGAUGUUCUCCUUUGCAGCUGGAGAGGAUGAAAAUGUAUCGCAAGUGGACCGAAUCAAAGAUCUGCCUCAAGAGUUUGGUGCCUGCAAAAAUAUUCUCUUUUCUCACGACUCCAGCACUUUGUUCCUGAGCAAAAUAAACAAAUCAAUUGAAGUGUUUAGCAUACUCUCCAAUGGAGACAUCGACCAUUCGCAGACUAUCGACGCCUCCAAGUACAUCAAAGACACAAUUCACCUGGUGGACGUAUCAAAUUGCGGGAAUUACUUUGUCACCGCCGGAACCUGUCGAACGAUCGCGGUGUGGAUCAAGAAAGGAAAACACUACAAACACCAUUUGAAUUUACCUCGCUACACAGCAGCCACAACUGCGAUAUCCAUCCACCAGGACUCCCCCCGACUAGUUGCGGUGUUUUCAGACUCGAAAAUCUUCGAGUACGACCUGGAAGAGAUGUGCUUCACCUGCACGGACAAGGAUUUCUUUGUCAAGGAAUCGGAAACUCACUGUGUGAAUAGCAUCAUUCUGGAUCGACGAAAUCCCAAUAUUUUUGUUCUCCACAAUGAUACCACUUUGUUUGUUCUGGAGAAAUGCACAUCCGAGGAUGUUGACAGUAAAAUCACCAAAAAGAAGAAGCAAACGACGGAUAGCAAAGUCGCUGGGUUGAGACUUAAAUUUCAGAAAAAUUAUCAGCAUUUUAUUCACCUGACAUGGUUGAGUGCCGAUGAACUGGUGGCCGUAGGAGUGAAUCCAAUUUCGUUGAUUGAACAACUGCCAGGAGCGUUUGCUCAGAAGAAAUUCGGAGCGGCGUAAAUAUCAAUUUCUAGUUUUAAUUUAAAAUAAUAAAAACAAAAAUAUAUCUAAUUUUUAAAAAA